UUUUGCAGCACACAAAAGCAUUGGAUCAUUGACUCAUUCGUAGUCAUCUCCUUCAGAACACUAUUAAUUCCUCCCUCCCUCGCCCUCGUUACUUAUACCAUAGCAUUCCACGUCCCUCGUCUGCCACAGCACUCAGCUUCCACGCAUGGCCGAAGAGGCACCUGCCGAUGUCUUCGUUCCACCCACAAAAUGCCUGCCCAAAUCGCCCUUCCCUCCGCCUCCUCUCUCCAUGUCUUCCUCCGGUAGGAUGACGAGGCUUCUCAUACCUCUCGCCGUCUUAUCCUACCUCCUCUCGCUCCCGGUGCUGGGGCUCGCCGUGUGGCUCCUCGCCACCCGCGAUUACAACUGCGAGGACCUCAUGCAAGCGCCACAGAUCCGCACGACCAUCGGCGUCGGCCUGAUCCUCGUGUUCGCCAUCAGCAACUUCGUGGUGUACUUCGGGCCGCGGUUACUCAUGCCGUGCCACGUGAUCCUCUCUGUGGUGCUCGUUGUGAUGCUCAGCUCCGGGGUGUCCUUGGUGGGGUUGUACAAGAUGGAGACGAGGGGCCUGCCGGGGACGCCAAUGUGGCUCCGCAGCCGGGUGAUGAAUGUGGGGACGUGGGUCGAAAUCAAAAACUGCCUUUACGACGACAGGAUAUGCUUCGACAUGGAAUAUCGAUCCUCCCAGUUCACCUCUGGUGAUUUCACCAUGAUGAAGCUAUCUGCAGUAGAGUCCGGAUGCUGUAAGCCACCAGAGAUCUGCGGAAUGGAGUACGUGAAUGCUACAUAUUGGACAUCUGCGACGAGGAAGGAUGCCAACGACAAGAGAUCGGUUAGAGAUCCAACACCCUACGGUUCGUAUGAUGACUGCCAUGUCUGGAGCAACGAUUCUACGGUCCUUUGUUACAAUUGUGAAUCAUGCAAGUCGGGCUUCGUGAGGGUCAUAUCCCACAGGUGGAGGAAAGUUGGUGUUUUCCUUAUGGUUAUGUCGAUACUGUUUGUGAUCGUCCAUACCGUACGGUUCACCGUCCUUAUGUUAGAUAGAUACAGCACUCACUAGGGACUAACAGCAGUUCCAUUUGCUUUGGACUUCCGAGGAGGGUAGCUGAA